AUGUGCCUCCUAAUAUACAUUGCGGUGAACAUUGGACUGGCUCUUCAAGAUAGCUUUGUGGCCCUCAUCACCCUCCGUUGCUUUCAAAGCUUCGGCAGCAGUGGCGCAACUGUGAUCUCGACUGCCACCGUAUCCGACCUCAUUACCCGAUCAGAACGUGGGAAAUACAUGGCUUAUGUCUCCCUGGGGUUUACCCUUGGGCCGGCGGUGGGCCCUCUCUUAGGAGGGAUUCUGACCAAGUUCCUUGGAUGGAGGAGCAUUUUCUGGUUCCUGGCUAUCCUCGGUGGGCUAAUAAUCCUUGUUAUUGCUCUUUUUCUCCGGGAGACAUGCCGCGCGGUCGUGGGGAAUGGCAGCGUGCCUCCCCAGUCGUGGAAUAAACCAUUACUCCUAGCGUUGGCACAUCGAUCUUCACCACCACCAAAGCCUGAUUAUGAGACUGUUCUGUCAUUAUCAAAUAAAAGAAACCGCCGCUGUUCCACAAUAUUCGGCAUCUUCGAUAGCCUAAAAGUCGUCUUGAACAAACCUGUCGGCCUACUAAUCCUCUGCAGCACAGUCUUCUAUUGCGGUUUCAUGUCAGUAAUGAGCAGCAUCCCCGCCCUCCUCGAACAGAAAUACAACUUCAACGCCCUCGAAAUAGGCCUCUGCUAUAUUUCCUUUGCAGCCGGCGGCUUCGCAGCUCGCUGGACAGUCGGAUUUCUGGCCGACGCCAACUUCCGACGCCAUGCCUGCAAAGUCGGGAUCCAAGUUCAACGCAACCAGCAAACCCGCGGACAGCUAGAACAAAUUCCACUAGAAAAAGUGCGACUUGAGCUCAGUGUGCCGUUGGUAUACUUGUCUUGUCUUUGCUUGCUGGGGUAUAGCUGGGUAAUGAAUUAUGAUGUGCAUAUCUCGGCACCGCUAAUCAUGCUGUUUCUGUUGGGGAAUACGGUUGUCGGUACGAAUAAUACGUUUAGUACGUUAAUGGUCGAUUUGCAUGCGUACCGGCCUGCGACGGCAAUGGCUGGGAUGAAUAUGUACAAGUUUCUCUGCGGGGCUGGGGCCGUUGCUGCUGUGUUGCCGUUAGUGAGGAUUAUAGGGAUUGGAUGGGUGGGCACUGUUAUUGCUGGGGUAUGGGUUAUUGUUUCCCCUGGUUUGUGGAUGAUAUACUUCCAUGGGCAUACAUGGAGGAAAAGUUUACGAAGUGAACAAGCUUGA